UCAGAAGAAGCGCUGGCAAUAUUGGUAUUUGUUUCUCAUCCACACUUGGUGAAAUAUCUCCCUGAUGUCCCCGCAUAGUCACUCGGAACUCACGGAAACGGAUCAGCGCUGACAACAGCGAUAUUGGCAGAUCUGGUCCUUUCAGUAGGACUAAGUUUGAAGAAACGCCACCACAACGUAUAUAGAUCAAAACAGACGAGAAAACUAGGAGAGCAACAGGCGUCCGUCAACACUGCACGCGUAAUAGCCGGGUGGGAAAUCGGAUGAAAAACCAAAACACAGAGAGCCCGAGUGUUCACUCGCAACCCACCAGCUCUGCGAGUAGCACCAAACAGGCAAUGUCGGGAGAGAAUCGGGAAAACCGCUCCCGAACUAUAUAACGGCGGAGGAAGCGCCAAAUGGUGAUUAUUUUCCGUUCAGACAUAGGACGGAUUAAUUCGUACUUUGUUGGUGAGUUUCGGUAAACGAUAGUAAAUACCGCAUCGUUGAAAUAAACCGCGAUUGCCCUACUCGGUACUGUGCAGUGCUGGUGAGGUGAAGGAAGUGCAAUUAUCAGACCGAGUGACACGAGUGUAAAUUUAAUCAGCCACGUCCCCUCUAGUUUCGUCUGUCGUUACGAUGAGUUCAAGUGCGUUCACAAGGUGAUGUGUUGAUAUCCGAUGUCAUAGCAUCUUUUUGCUAGCAACAGGAAAGGUCAGGAAAAGGCAGUGGAAAUGCUAUUCAACUUUGCUCAGGAUAUCCGAUAAAUUAAGGGACAUGACUGUUUGUUAGAAGACGAGAUGAACAUAAACGAAUCAUCUCAUUCCUGACCUGAGUGCCGGUAGUCAAAGAAAAAAAAACAAAACGUCUACGUCUAAUUGAAAUCUAAAUCCUCAUCUCAUGCCUGCAUACCUACUUCCAUGGUAACAGUUACAGGGAAACGAAACUCAGGAACCAAACCAAUUAAUAAAAUACCCCCGUAGUGAUUUGUAGAAUUGUAUGCACACAAUAAUACUCUACUGACCAUCAUCAAACUUACCCCGAAUGUGAAUGUGUACGAAGCGGACAAAGUGUGCGAACGGAGAGAGUAUCAAGUGUGAAAAGCGUUCCUGUCGAUAACGCGUCAGUGUAAACAUACGCUUCCAUUGCGGCAGCUGGCGGAAAAUAAUUGUUAUUUAUCGUCCAGCCGUCGGGAGUCACUUCACAAAAUCACUUCCCAGGCUGGGAGAGUACGCAGUCAGCAAAUGAUUAUUAAUCGAAUGUGUAACCGCUAAAUACCAGGAAAGCCUCGGGGGGAAACUUAACCGACCACCCCCACAACAUUCCUUAAACCGCUCUAUUGUAACCGACAAGGCAACCAGUAGUGGCUUAUUGGAAAAGUUCCUGACCAACGAGCACAGUCAACAUUCCAUGGUUUCAUUCGUUGGGCAUCGUUGUUUCUGUCUGGCAUAGGAUAAUCGUCGCUCACACCAUGAAUACUACCUCGCCAAAAUCUUCGCUAGUGAAGCUGGGACUCCAUUCCAAGACCAAGCCCUUCCGGGUCAUGGUUCUGGGACAAAGCGGAGUGGGGAAAACUGCGAUGGUGGUCCGCUUCAUCACCAAGCGCUUCAUCGGCGAAUAUGAUCCCAACCUGGAGAAGGUGUACUCCUUCCACACCCUGGUAGACAACGAACUCGUUCAGUUCGAAAUACUGGACGCCGCAGGGCAGCCUAAUGUAAGUCGACGACCUUCCGAGAAAAGCAAACCCAAGCCAAAACAGGAAACCGACUGCAUGACCCUGGAGGCGAACAUCCGGUGGGCGGAAGCAUUCAUCCUGAUGUACUCGGUGGCGGACAAGUGUAGCUUCGACGAAUGCAAUCGGCUCAAAUUUCUCAUCAACUACAACAAGCGGAGACGCCGGCUGGGCUCGUACAGUAAGGACCCUUUGCUCGACGUUCCGGUGAUACUGGUUGGCAACAAAAUCGACCAAAUCGGCGACCGGAUGGUUUCGACGGAGGAAGGCCAGCGCCGGGCUAAGGAAAUAUCCUGCGCCUGUUUUCACGAGAUAUCCGUUCGGGAAAGCAUCGAACAGGUCAGCGGAGUAUUCCGGGAUGCGUGCCGGUUUUGGCGAGUGCUCAAUCGAUACCCGAAGCUAAAGCGAUCGACCAGCGACGUGCACGAUUUGCACUCGGAGGUCGAACUGAUUCUCAGCCCGGACAGUAUUCUUCCGUUCUGUAACUGUGAUUUGAGCCACGAGAAACGGCGUUCGAUACUUAUUUUAGGCCGCCCGUGGACGGAAGAGGAACCGGACGAAACGGACGAAUCAGAGUCCAGCUGUUGUUCUUCGCAAAAAUCCGACGUCGAGGAACCGUUCCGGGGUCGGGCGUCCACCGAUGGAACGCUCCUGUCCAGACCACGUCGGUGGCGGUACACUCCACCUGGAUCGCUGCUGCCCCAUUCACGAGUCGAACGGCGCAUGAGCAUAUCGAUGAGAGGCAGUAAUGCUAGCUACUGAGAUUACACAUACACUUCGAGAAGUGAAUCGAAGUUUGAACCAUGCUCUUAGAUAUAAGCUAAUCGAAAUGACAAUAUUGUGAUUGUUUCAAUGUUAACGUCGCUGUGCUUUACCAGGAGAUACUACAUACUGCAACGUAAACCGCCAUCGCAUUAUAACCGUUUUACUGUAGCAUUGUAAUAUAAAAAGAUCUACAUACAAUACAGAGUGAAAUCUCAAUCAUAUUAAA